GCGGCGGCGGCGGCGGCGGCGAGGGCGGCGGCGGCGGCGGCCGUGGCGGUGCAGCAGGCGCUGGGCGCUCGUCCGUGCGGCGGUCAGGCGGCUUUGCCCCCCUAGGUAUAACGAACUGUGCGCAUUUGGGAAGAUAAGGGGAAAGAAGCAAAGAUGGGUGAAAAGAAGCCGGAGCCGCUGGACUUCGUGAAGGAUUUCCAGGAGUACCUGACGCAGCAGACGCACCACGUGAACAUGAUUUCCGGGUCGGUCAGCGGGGACAAGGACGCCGAGGCCCUUCAGGGAGCUGGAGCAGAUGGUGAUCAAAAUGGCCUCGAUCACCCAUCUGUUGAAGUGUCCCUGGACGAAAACUCAGGAAUGUUAGUAGACGGGUUUGAACGGACUUUCGAUGGGAAGCUCAAGUGUCGCUACUGCAACUAUGCCAGCAAAGGGACAGCCCGGCUCAUCGAACACAUUCGGAUCCACACAGGAGAGAAGCCUCACAGAUGCCACUUAUGUCCGUUCGCGUCUGCCUACGAGCGUCAUCUGGAAGCCCAUAUGCGUUCCCAUACCGGAGAAAAGCCGUACAAAUGUGAAUUAUGUUCCUUCCGCUGCAGCGACCGGAGUAACCUGUCCCACCAUCGAAGGCGCAAGCAUAAAAUGGUACCCAUCAAAGGUGCUCGGUCUUCUCUGAGCAGCAAGAAGAUGUGGGGGGUCUUGCAGAAGAAGACGAGCAAUCUGGGCUAUAGUCGGCGCGCGCUGAUCAACCUGAGCCCGCCGUCCAUGGUGGUGCAGAAGCCGGACUACCUUAGCGAUUUUACCCACGAGAUCCCCAGUAUCCAAACCGAGCCCUACGAAAGCCUGGCAAAACCUUCAGCCGCCGGUGGUCUCCCCCGAGACCCCCAGGAACUCCUGGUUGACAACCCCUUAAACCAGCUCUCCACGCUCGCGGGCCAGCUGUCCAGCUUGCCGCCUGAGAACCCCGACCCCGCGUCCCCCGGUGUGGUCCCGUGCCCCGAUGAGAAGCCUUUCUUGAUGCAGCAGCCGGCCGCCCAGGCCGUGGUGUCGGCCGUGGCCGCCAGCCUCCCGCAGAGCGCCUCGCCCACGAGCCCCGACCCCCGGCCGGCACACGGCCAGAGGAACUACAGCCCCGUGGCAGGCCCCAGCAGCGAGCCCAGUGCCCACACGAGCACGCCCAGCCUGGGCAACAGCCAGCCGAGCACGCCCGCGCCCCCCCUGGCCCUGCAGGACCCGCAGCUGCUCCACCACUGCCAGCACUGUGACAUGUACUUCGCAGACAAUAUCCUUUACACCAUUCACAUGGGCUGUCACGGGUACGAGAACCCUUUCCAGUGCAACAUAUGUGGAUGCAAGUGCAAGAACAAGUACGAUUUUGCCUGUCAUUUCGCAAGAGGACAGCAUAACCAACACUGAUGGAAUACAAUCACCAUUAUGAUAUUUCAUUUGGUUUUGGUUUUCUUUGUGUUUUGUGGUUUUUUUUUUCCCUUGGGGAAGAGGGAUGGGUGGGGGGCGAUUAUCCCGAAUAAGGUGUCUGCUAAUUUAAAGUAUAUUUAUAGAAUAUAAAUUUGACCUUGGAGGCAAGAUUUUUUUUUCCUGGUUUUUGCUUUAUUUUAUUCAUUUUUAAUCACCAGAUUAAAAAUCUGGUCAGGGUCGUUUAAAAUAAUUUGGAUAGUUGGACACAUUGGUGCCUGCUUUUUCAUUCGGAUGUUUGAGAUUUGGAGUACGGUCAGCAUCUCGGCAGGUGUUUACCUAAACUUGCCAUAUUUGUGGUCCAUAAACUCGAGACUUAACUGUAUUGUGAUGUGUGUAUUGCAGCUAAAUGUUAUUCUUAUUUAAAGUGGUAGAAUAAAUUAUUUUCUCUUACAAAAUCUGUUACAGCUUAUUUCAGUGUUUAGAAGAGGAAUUGCCUUUCAAAUAGCUCUUAAUUAAAAGACUAUUUAACUCACAUAGCUCGAUCAUAGUUGAAUCAGUAACUUCAUUUCGAUUGGUAAUAGUAAAGCUAUUUCCAUGUAAGCAAUUCUUUUUAAAGUUGUAAAAAUAAGAGAAAGUUCUAAAGUAUGAGAUGAAGACUUCGAAUGAAUAGGUGUUUCAAAUUACCUGUCAUUCAGUUUCUCCUUUAAACAACACUCCAAGUUUCCAUUGAAUUCUUGUCAUGACACUCCCAGCUUGUUUUACAAAGCCACCGGUAACACAUCGGAAUGAUAGAAGUAUCAGCGGGUUAGUUGAAAGAUGCCUUUUUCCCCCUUUAAUUUGAACAUUGCCUUUCAGCCCGUCAGUCUGUCGUCAGUGUCAGUUUGGGGUUACUUGUUAUUCCUAUUACUUUGUUGACCAAAGAGUUCGAGUGGAAUCUUCCCUCUCGCUCCUAGGAGACAGAGUCCUCGGAACAGAUUGCCGAGAUUUCCUUUCCCUGCCUUCUCUCCAGUUACUUCUCUCCAUAAUUUCCAAGAAAAGGUGGGUAUAGCAACACGUGGGGAAACGGGACUCUCAAGUGGUCCUUAAGCGAGGACACGCGUCCCAGCAGAUUCUGUUCUCUGUGGCGCGGCUGAAGUCUCUUCUGCGAAUCCAAGUUGUGAUGUUUAAUUGCAGUUUCACGAGUCUUUCCUGUACCAUGACAGAACUCUACGGGGACGGUGAUUGAGUUGUCGCCUUAGUAGGGAAGGAUGCAAAAGUGUGACGGGAGCUGUAGAAUACAUUUAAACGUACUUAAUUUGUUUACCAAAAUAGGACUUGCUAAAUAAAUCUAGAGUCAUUAAUUUUGAAUAGGAGACUAUUGUUUUUAUACUGUGUAAUAACUAGCUUACUCUGCAGACAGCUCGGUCAAAUAAUAAAACAUAUUGUUAUUAACUUGUUUUCUGUGUACUUUGAAAAAUUUUUAUUUUUAACUUGGUGCAGAUCUUCAAAGUAUUACUAAUUGGCUUCUUUAAAUAGGAUAUCCUGGGCGAGAGAAAUAGUUAACAGGGGUUAGGGCACUUAACUUGCAUGCACUGAGCCUGGUUCAAGCCUGGGCACCGCCAGAAGUGAGCACAGAGCCAGGAGUAAGCCCUGAGCACCGCUAGGUGUGGCCCAAACCCCCCUCCUUCCCUCCCUCCCGUCCCCCCUCCCCCGCCAAAAAGAGAAUAAUCCUGUUACCUGCUUACUAACCAAAAAAGAACCCCUUCUCUCAUAAUAAGUCAAGUGAAUGUAGAGAUCGUGUGUGUCCACAAAGACCCCAGUGCUGGGCCAGGGAUCUCUGCCCCUUGCGGGUACCAGAAAGCCAUGCGAGCCCAUGGGACUAUGCUCAGUGCCCGGGAGCAGAGCACUCGCAUCCCCGGGUUGUGGAUUCCAGACUCCAUGAUCCUGCGGCUUAAAUCCCCCUGAGCUCAGCUAAAUCUCAGCACAGCCAUUUCAAAAUGUCUAAUGUGGCCCAAGUAUUUAGUGCAGUGCCAGGAAGGAACAGGUUAAUGUUGUCUGGAAGCUUUAUGGUUAUUAUUUUCUUAACUUCUAUUUUAUUUUUCAAAUAAAAGCAAUACUCUAAAAUAGGAAGUGAACUUGAAUAAUGAGAAUGAGCUUUCUUGUUAAAACCAGUUUAUUAACUAUAUUCUGGGCCAAAUAGUGACAAAUAUAUUUUUUCUGACAGCUAAAUAUAGAUUUUCUGAAGAUGCGUUUUUAUUUAAACAUAGGAGGGAUUUCCUUUUCAUAAUUACAAGAAUGUGUAGUUCUAGUUUUCCUACUUUGAAGAGCACAGUGGGUAUUCCAAAGGUGUCAAUGUUUGAAAGCUACAAUUCUAAAUGCACUAAAACUGUCGAAGCAAAUCUACUUUACGAACGUUCUUAGGAUUGUAAUCUAAAAAAUUGCAUUCAGAAUUUUAUUUAAGUAUCUGCGAGUUCUAUAUUUGGAAAGAUGUUCAUAUCUUCCAUUAAGUAUUGAAAAUGUUUCUUCAUUUUAUUUUUAAUCAAGUAUUUUGUAGAAAUGAGUUGUUGGGGAAAGUUUAACAUGCACUAUUUAUAGUACUUUGCUGUUAACAGGCAAUGUUCUAAAACUAAAUUAUUUUUGUUCAGUGAACAUGAGUUUAGAUUUUUAAAGUUGGUAGAUAAUUUAUCUCCACUAAUAUUUUUUUAAGAAACUGUGAAGAGAUUAACAGGAAAUCAUUUUAUUUCAGAUUUUACUAAUGUACUGUGUGUCGCUAGGGCUUCCUGAAGCUCAAGUAAAAGCUAGACUUUUACUUUGAAAAAAUUUCACUGGAGAUUCUCCAGUGCUGUUUCAUUUCAGAAAUAAGUGUUUGCCAUUCGUAUGUGGAAUUAACAAAAGGAAUAUUACUAAGAUGUGUUGAGAUAAAUCUCACUUUGAGUUAUACGAAAAUAUUUAUCAAAUGGGUCUACUGUAAUUAAAAUUUUCCCUUUCCGGUAGUCUUAGGAGGUAUAUGAUUUCUAGAGCUUGUUUUUGUUAACUGCUUUGAUGUUAAAGAACAUUUUGUAUGCAAAACAUAAAACUUGUGUGUUUGCAUAAACACAGCAUACGUUUAGGGAUUCCAGAAAGCAGUUGGAUGCUGAAAUGACUAGUAUGUAGCUCACGUUGUAAAUGAAGCUUUGCUUUUGUAAUACGUGAAUAAAGAAGUAACACUUUCUAAUGA